GCGAUGUCGUCAUAAUACCUAAACCGGAAGUGGUGUGUGUCUUGUAACAGCUGGAAUCUCAAGCUGGAGUUAACGCGAUUUUAAACUCAGUACGAAGUUUUCUGUUUUCCGGUUUCCCACACACUCACACUCACUCACACACACACACACACACACACUCUCACACUCGCGCGCAGAGUUUGGUGGAAAGAACAGACGCCAUGAUGGAGUCCGCGUUGUUUCUGGGUUGCUGUUGUUUAUUAACGGUUCUGUUGGACGGAACCUCGGUUACUACCAAAGGCACGGAAGUUGGAAACGGAAGUGUGACGGUACAGAGCGCUCACAAACCAGGCAACUUCACCUUAAACAGCCUGGAGCUAGACAGCUCGAUGAUCCAGAGAGCUCUGUACGUCCUCAUCGGAAUCACCGUCAUCGGGGUUCUUUAUUUCCUGGUUCGAGCAGUGCGUCUGAAGAAAUCGUCCACCCCGAGGAAGAAAUACGGCCUCCUGGCAAACUACGACGACACGGUGGAGAUGGAACAGCUGGAAAGUGAUGAUGAUGACAACACUGUGUAUGAAGCCAAAUCACUCAGAAGAUGAGCCCUCGGGGACGAGAGGACGAUAGAAGCAAUAAAGUGGAACGGACCAAUAAAUGACCCUAAACACCUUCUCAGAGUGAAUCCACUGGACAGAACGACCUCAGCCUGUGGUGUGUUACAACUAAACCUGUUCUCUUCGGUCCUGUUUUAUAUUAAAACUGUUCAGUGCAGGUUUUUCUCCCUGUUUUUUCCCCCCACCAGUGUCCCUCCAGUCUCUCCCCGGUCACAUUUCCAGUCUUCCCAGAGUCUCUCCCAUCUUCCCCUGGUCUCCCCCCACCCAGUCUCCUUCCAGUCUCUCCCCAGUCACAUUCCCAGUCUUCCCAGAGUCUCUCCCGUCUUCCCUGGUCUCCCCACCCAGUCUCCUUCCAGUCUCUCCCCAGUCUUCCCCAGUCUCCCGUCUUCCCUGGUCUCCCCUCACCCAGUCUUCCUCCAGUCUCUUCCUGGUCACAUUCCCAGUCUUCCUCCAGUCUCUCCCCGGACACAUUCCCAGUCUUCCCCAGUCUCUCCUGUCUUCCCUGGUCUCCGUCUUCCCCAGUCUCCUCCAGUCUCUCCUGGCCACAUUCCCGUCUUCCCAGAGUCUUUCCCAUCUUCCCCUGGUCUUCCCCCUACCCAGUCUUUCUCCAGUCUCUCCUCGGUCACAUUCCCAAUCUUCCCCAGUCUCUCCCCAGUCUCUCCGUCUUCCCUAGUCUCCCCACACACCCAGUUUUCCCCAUUCUCUCCCGGUCUCUCUGCAGUCUCUUCCUGCUCUCUCCCUGGUCUUGUCUCUCCCCCAGCUGUAAAUCUGUGGAUCUAUAAUACACUCGUUGCUGGAGCCGUGCCGAAUCGCUGCUCAGAUUCUUUUUGUUUUCACUGAUUUUUAUUUGUAAUUUUUUUUUUCUUUGUUUACUUUCAUCUCGUCCCAAUCAGCAUCGGGGUCCGAUCUAACGUGAUAUAACACAAUACACUAAAAUACCCCCCAUGAUUCUACUGCACAGUCUCACACUGUCUCAGUGUUGCAGAAGAGAUGAAAUAACUGCAGGUCUGAAGGUCACAAGGUCGGUGGAAUCUUCAGACCCUGAGCUUCACCAUGUGCGCUGUGGAACAGGGUGGAGUUUAUCCGUGCGCUCGUUUCCACACCUGAAGGUUUCCCUCAUGUUCCAGACUGCACAUGGUGGAAAUCUCCAUGAUCUUUUAUUAGCAGAAUAAAACGUGAAAUUUUCAGACGGAGCGUCUGUGAGAUAUUUAUAGACUUUUCAGUAAAAAAUUAAAACCGAACCCAUUUUAUAAAAUAAAGUGUGCAGAAGGAACGUUUUAUUCUGCUAAACAAAGACAUUUCAUGGUUCCUAUCAUUUUUUAUGAUUAUUUUUAUGUUCUGCUCUCAGGCUGUUUAACUUCAGUAGAACUGUAGAAGCUUCACGUCUUCUGUCGUCCGUUUGCUUUAUUCAUUGCUUCAAACAAAUAAUUGAACGUUUUUUUUUUUUUUCGGAGUAUAAAAUAAAAAGUGCUGUAUUUUGUUUAACAUUCCCUUUAAUUUCUUGCACAUUUAUAGAGAUUUAAAUUCUUUUUUUUGCUGACAGGAAAUAGACGAGUGUUCGGUGGUAAAUCAAAGGCAUGAAGAUUUUUCGUUUUAUUGCGUAUUUGUUUUGGUGUAAAAUACGGACCGAUUUUGAACUGAUCAUUUUUCUGGACAAUUGUUUCAAUGUGUUUAUUUUUUUGAUUCAUUUCAUUCCUUCUGCAUCUCAAACCUCCUUCUUCUUCCUCUGUUUGGUGAAGGUCGCUGUAUUUUUAAAGAACACGAGCUCAAUAUUGAUGAAGUGUUUCAUGUUUUCCAUGUGGGUGGGUGCAGGAGGUGGAAAAAAAGCUUCAGAUCGAUAUUUGGUGUUUAAUAUUCAUAAAUUGUGCCUUGAAAUGUUUUUUCUAUUCGGAUGCUCUGUGACUCGGAGUGAACUGCGACUCCACGUGUUUUUCUUCAUUCCUAUUUUUUUGGAAAGCUUUAAAUUUGUGUGUAAAAAGAUUUCAUACGUAAUAUAUUUCUACAGCGAACUUAAAGUAUAAAUGAGCGUGUUGGUAAACGACGAGUUUCCAGUUACAGCUUUAAAGAGAAAUUGCCAAAUUGGGAUGUUUUUGGUUAAAAAUCAGUCCCACUGAUGUGUGCACUUUCCUGACACACACACACACACACACACACACACACACACACACACACACACACACACACACACACACACUGAUAGAUAGGAUGACACUGUACUAUUCAUGUGUUAUUGCUACACACACACACACACACUUGUGAUCAGCUGAAUGUUUACUUCCUCCAGUUUUCUGUACAGUGGUGUGUAUUCAGACGGACUCCAGUCUGUGACGUGUUACAAAGUUGUGCAUCUGUCACUCCUUAGAAACUCUGCUGUCUGAUUAACUGCAUUUCUUUGGACGUUUUUUUGGGAAAUUAAAAGCCUUUAACUUA